AUGAAAAACUCGGGCUUUGUGGUAAUCAUCUGCUUGCUUUUGCUGCAAGGUAAUGUGGCGGAGGAAAUGACCAUCCUGGAGCAGUGCAAUGGCUAUUGUUUCUCAGUUCUCCAGCCAUACAUUGAUCAUUUACUGCAGUGUCAAGAGGCAGCAGAUCACAAUAAUGGAACAAAAGACAAAAUUCAGACAAAAGAGACCAUCGGCAAUUUGCAGAGCCAGUUACUAAAUAGUGGGACGGAAAUUAAAAACAAAGAUGAGCAAAUCACGGAUCUAAGAGAGCACAUCAAGGGCAAAGAUGAGCAAAUCACGGAUCUCAGAGAGCAAAUCACGGAUCUCAGAGAGCACAUCAAGGGCAAAGACGAGCAAAUCACGGAUCUCAGAGAGCACAUCAAGGGCAAAGACGAGCAAAUUAAAGGAAAAGAUGAACAAAUUAACGGAAAGGUCGAACAAAUCAAAGUUAAGGACGAACAAAUCAAAGGAAAAGACGAACAAAUCAAGGUGAAGGACGAGCAAAUCAAGGAUCUCCGAGCGGAAAUCAAAGGAAAAGACGAAAAAAUCAAAGUGAUGGACGAACAAAUUACAGGAAGAGACAAACAAAUAAAGGAUAAAGACGAGCAAAUCUUGCUUGCCAAAAGACGCGAUCAGCCAUCGCAAACUAAUCCAACGGCGGAGAAUCUUCCCGACACAUGUGCCAGAGGCUGCCCAAAUGGCAUUUUCCAGAUAAAGGUCAAGGGAAUGGAUCCGUUCCAAGUUCCCUGCGAUUCGUCCGGAUGGAUGGUCAUUCAAAGGCGAAUCGACGGAAGUGUGGACUUUAAUCGAAAUUGGAAGGCCUACAAAGAGGGAUUUGGAGACAUGCGUGGAGAGUUCUUCAUUGGGCUGCAAAAAUUGCACUUGAUGACCGCAGCUCAGCCUCAGGAAUUGUAUAUACAACUCCGAGAUGUUAAUGGAACUUAUCGUCAUGCCAGCUAUGACAAUUUCAUCGUGGGAAGCGAAGAAGAAAACUUUAUUCUCAAAUCACUGGGUGAAUAUUCGGGAAAUGCAGGGGACUCCCUAAGGGCUCACGAGGGAGCAAUGUUCACUACUUUGGAUAGGGACAACAAAGUUAAGUGCGUUCGUAAGCUCAGCGGUCCGUGGUGGUUUAAGGAUGUCACGUGCGGAAAAAGGUAA